AUGUAUCAAGAAAACAUCAAUACAAGCAUUUAUUCUCCACAAAGUUCUCAAAUUGAUACUACUUUUAACAAUUUGAACCACGGACGGGACGACGACCAAAUCGUUAAUGUUACGUCUCAAGCGCCUAUGGCAGCACCACGUAGUACAGAGCCAUUCUAUAUGAAUGAAGUAAAUCAGGCGAUGAAUCAAGCAGAUGAUUCAACCAUUUCCAUUUUCUCGUUCUAUUAUUACUUCAACAAUCAUCCUCACCAUAUCAAAUGUGAAGAAGUACAAGUGUCCUUUGAUACUUUCUCUCAGAUGAUAAAUAAUACUGAUAAUAUUUCUAAUUACAAGAUUUAUGUGUUCUAUCAUGAACAAACUGUAACGAAGAAAAUUUAUAAAGUAACCUGUGAAAUUAUUUCACAUACGUUUGCGAUUCAGUUUUUAAACCGUAAUAUUUAUGGUAUAGAAUUUAAUCAGAUUGAACAGCAACUAGAAGUUUCUAGACAACACUUUGAAAAUCUUAAAUUACACUUAAGAAAUGAUUUGGCUCAUUAUUUUUCAUCCAAACAGAUUAAUUCCAAUGUUAAUAUCCUCAAUCAUUUUCAGGAAAGUAAUGCAAAUACUCUUCCCUAUUCUACUCUUCAACAGGAUGAUAGUAGGUAUUAUACUCAAAAUCAUGUUUCGCAACCCUAA